ACAACGAGAAAAGAAAUAAAAAAUAAUAAUAAGAUUAGGCUUUUCGGCCCCCUCUCGAAACCUCUCUCUUUCAUCGCAAUCAUAAAAUCUGUUCCUCACCACAACAGAUAGCGAUGGCUAUUUUCGAUACCCAUCACCCAGCAGUUUUUGCAUUCGGCCUUCUCGGUAAUAUUAUCUCCUUCAUCGUGUUUCUGGCUCCUGUGCCGACAUUUAUGAGAAUCUGUAGGAAGAAAUCAACGGAAGGGUUUCAAUCAGUUCCAUAUGUGGUGGCACUUUUCAGUGCAAUGUUGUGGUUAUAUUACGCCUCAUUCAAGACUGAUGAAACCCUUCUCAUCACCAUCAACUCCGUCGGCUGUGUCAUUGAGACUAUUUACAUUGCCAUCUUCAUCGUUUUUGCUCCUAAACCAACUCGGGUUUCGACAUUGAGAUUUGUUCUUGCAUUAAACUUUGGGGGAUUUUGCGUAAUUCUACUCCUCUCUCGCCUCUUGGCACAAGGCUCCACCCGAGUGAAGGUUCUUGGAUGGAUUUGUGUGGCGUUUUCUGUUAGUGUCUUCGCAGCUCCACUAAGCAUCAUGAGAUUGGUGAUCCGCACGAAGAGCGUGGAAUUCAUGCCAUUUUAUCUAUCAUUUUUCCUCACACUCAGUGCAAUUACGUGGCUUCUCUACGGCCUAUUCCUCAAAGACAUCUAUGUCGCGCUACCAAAUGUUUUGGGAUUUGUAUUCGGGGUGGCUCAGAUGAUCCUCUAUUUAGUGUACAAGAAGCGCGAGACAGCAAUAGCAAAGGACAUGAAGCUACCACAACAUACCACAGAUAAUAUUGUGAUCAUCGAUAUCGCCGCCGUCGUUGCUCCGACCACCAAUAAUUCCGGCGCAGAAAAAGAAUCUAAUUCUGUGCCACUUUCUGAUAAUGUAAUAAUAACCAACGAAAUCGAACUCAACCACAAAUUGGACGACCAUGAACACGAAAACUUGGGGGAAGCUCAGCCGUCUGUUUAACUGAUAUAGUCUAACCCUGUUUUAAUUUUCAGUUUUUUCUUUUUUGAAUCUCUCUUAUGUUUUAAGUUUGUUUGUAAUAUGCUUUCAUUUUGUUCUUAUCUCUGUUUGUGUACUUGCCCACCUUUUCUCUAAGCUACCAUGUAAAUCGUGUAUAAUGGCUAGAGAUUAGCGAUGGUAUGUGCAUAAAAUUAAGUUUUUUUAAUCAACUUUCCUGAUUUUUUAUGAAUGUUUCGUGUUUGCUGAUC